AUGGCGCCUAUAUCAACAGCAACGCUCACCCAGUCAUCGGUGGGCCCGUCGUCAAACAAGCGCAAGAUCGACCAGCACCACACCUCAGCCUUCACUGAUACCCUCAAGAAGCUCAAAGAGGAAGCCGAAUCGAAUCAAGAGGUAGACGACCAGGCGCUUUGGCCGCGCCCCUACCUUGAACCGCUCGACAUCGACAACGACGAUGUUACCUUCCAACAGAUAGAUAUCGAGGAGCACCAGAUCGUCGGUCAACCACCCUCCAUUCGCAUGUACGGCGUCACCCAACAAGGCCACUCGGUAUGCGCUCACAUCCAUGGAUUUCUCCCUUACUUUUACAUCCAUGCCCCUCGCGGCUUCACUGCCAACACCUGUCAUGACUUUACCAACCAUCUCAACGUCCUCUUUGGCGCGCGCACCGUCCACAAGUCCGAGCUUGUCAGCAAGAAGAGUCUCAUGGGCUACGCUGGUCAGGAGAAUGUCGCCUUUAUCAAGCUCACCAUUUCAGAUCUGCGAAGCGUUCCAAAGAUCCGUGGCUCGUUUGAGCGCGGCGAAAUCGGCUUCCGCGACCUCUUCACUCCCGGUGAUGUCAGCCUAACCUACGAAAACAUCGCUUACACUCUGCGCUUCAUGAUCGACCUCAAGAUUGUCGGAAUGAACUGGGUUCGAGUUCAGCCCGCCAAUUACAGGCUCCGUCCAGAGAGCCAAAAGGUAUCACUUUGCCAGAUCGAGCUCGAUUGCAGUUGCGAUGCCAUUGCCUCACAUGCUCCCGAUGACGAAUGGUCCAAGAUUGCCCCCCUCCGCAUCCUCAGCUUCGAUAUUGAAUGUGCCGGUCGCAAAGGUAUUUUCCCAGAACCGUCGGUCGAUCCGGUCAUUCAGAUCGCCAAUAUGGUCACACGACAAGGUGAGCCGACGCCAUUCGUCAAGAACGUGUUUACCCUGAACACUUGCUCGCACAUCGUUGGAAGUCAAGUGCUCUCGUUCAACAAGGAAGUCGACAUGCUCGAGGCGUGGACCAAGUUCGUUCAAGAAGUCGAUCCGGAUGUUGUCAUUGGCUACAACAUUGCCAACUUUGAUUUUCCAUACUUGCUCGAUCGAGCAAAGGCGCUCAAGUCGACCAAGUUUGCCUACCUCGGUCGCGAACGAGGCGCCCGCACCGAAGCAAAAGAUACCCACUUUUCUUCCAAAGCCUACGGAACCCGAGACUCGAAAAACACCGAGCUGCAGGGACGUCUCCAACUCGACAUGCUCCAAGUCAUGCAGCGAGACUACAAGCUACGAUCCUAUUCGCUCAACUCGGUUUCCUUCGAGUUUUUGGGCGAGCAGAAGGAAGAUGUACACCACUCGCUCAUCACCGAGCUCCAAAAUGCAGGGCCCGAGUCGCGCCGCCGACUGGCUGUCUACUGUCUCAAGGACGCUUACCUGCCACAGCGACUCAUGGACAAGCUCAUGUGCUUCAUCAACUACAUCGAGAUGGCCAGAGUCACCGGUGUGCCUUUCAACUACUUGCUUUCGCGCGGCCAACAGAUCAAGGUCGUCUCUCAGCUCUUCCGCAAAGCCAACGAGGACAACUACCUCGUCCCGGCUUACAAGGGCGAAGGCACCGAAGACCAAUACGAAGGUGCCACUGUCCUGGAGCCCAAAGCAGGCUACUAUGAUCGACCCAUCGCAACCCUGGAUUUCGCAUCGCUGUAUCCCUCGGUCAUGAUGGCACACAACCUUUGCUACACCACCCUCCUCGACAAGAAGACUAUCGACCGACUCGAGCUGAAGCAGGACGAGGACUACGUCAUUACCCCCAACAACAACUACUUUGCCACUAAAAAGCUGCGAAAGGGUCUCUUGCCUACCGUUCUCGAAAACCUGCUUGCAGCGCGAAAACGCGCCAAAGCCGAUCUGAAAAAGGAGACGGAUCCGUUCAAACGUGCUGUGCUCGACGGUCGUCAAUUGGCGCUCAAGAUCAGCGCCAAUUCGGUCUACGGAUUCACCGGCGCAACUAUCGGCAAGCUGCCGUGUCUGGAAAUCUCGAUGAGCACCACAGCCUAUGGACGACAGAUGAUUGAACAGACAAAGACAUAUGUCGAAAAGCACUACACUAUCGCCAACGGCUACGAAUACGAUGCAGAGGUCGUCUAUGGUGACACGGAUUCGGUCAUGAUCAAGUUUGGCGUGCCGGAUCUGGCCAGAGCCAUGGAGCUGGGUGCGGAAGCGGCAGGGCUCGUGUCAAAGACAUUUGUCGAUCCGAUCAAGCUUGAGUUCGAAAAGGUCUACUUCCCCUACCUUUUGAUCAGCAAGAAGCGAUACGCUGGGCUCUACUGGACUCGAGCCGAAAAGUACGACAAGAUGGACACAAAGGGUAUCGAGACGGUACGACGUGACAACUGCCGACUGGUACAGACGGUCAUCGAGACGUGUCUGCGAAAAAUGCUGAUCGAUCGCGACGUCAAGGGCGCCGAAGAAUAUGCCAAGAACAUCAUCUCGGAUCUGCUGCAGAACAAAGUGGAUAUGUCGCAGCUCGUCAUUACCAAGGCGUUGGCAAAGUCGGAUUACGCGGCCAAGCAGGCGCACGUCGAGCUUGCCGAACGCAUGCGCAAGCGUGAUGCAGGUUCAGCACCGUCGUUAGGCGAUCGCGUAGCCUAUGUCAUUGUCAAGGCCGCCAAGGGCGCGGCGGCGUACGAGCGCUCCGAGGACCCGAUCUACGUGCUCGACCACAACAUCCCCAUCGACACGCGCUACUACCUCGAGAACCAACUGGCCAAACCGCUGCUGCGCAUCUUCGAGCCGAUCAUGGGCCCCAAAGCCAACACGAUGCUCAAUGGCGAACACACGCGCGUGGUGCAGGUGGCCACGUCCAACGUCGGCGCGCUCAUGAAGUUUGCCGUCAAGACGGUUCAGUGUCUCGGCUGUCGUACGCCGUUGAAGGAUCAAAACGCGCCUGUGUGCAGAAAUUGUCGCCCAAGAGUGGCGCAGCUGUACCACGAAAAGCUCGCCCGCGCCUCCGCGCUCGAGGUCGAGUUCGCCCGCCUCUGGACGUGCUGCCAGCGAUGCCAGGGCAGUCUGGCACAGGACGUGCUGUGCACCAACAAAGACUGUCCCAUCUUCUUCAAGCGCAAGCGUGCGCAGAAAGACGUCGAGGAUGCAGUACACGUCGUGCAGCGCUUCGAUACGGCCUGGUGA